UCUUUUCCUUCACCGACGAUUUUCAUUUCUAAACAUCCCUCUUCUCUUCCUUCCUUGUGUUCUGAAGAGGGAGAAGAAGAAAGAAAGAAACAAAGAAAAAAAAGGAAGAAAGAUAAAGAACAAACCAAAUCACCAACAAACAAAAAUCUUCGUUUUUAGAGCAGAUUCAGAUCCACAAGCUCCUACCCUUUUUUUCUUCUAAUUUAUUACCUUCUUUUUUCUACCCGUUUAACGUCAUGGGCACCGAAGUUCUGCGGCCACACGACUGCUUGAUCGAACGGAUCAGAGUUCCGGCGCCGGCGACGUCCUUUUCCCGGCGGAGGACUUUUGGGAAUUAUUUAUAUAACAGUAAUAACUUUUUAGCGGCCAGCUCCGGUAGGACUCAUCGGAAGCCUAUGACCCGACCCGACCAGAAGAAACGGAUUAUGGCGGCGGAGAGAAGGCCGAGCUCCGAUGAUUCGAGGGUGACGAGGAGCAGCGGGUUGGUGAUGGAGAAGGUGACGAUUCUCCGGCGAGGAGAGUCGCUCGAUUCGAAGGUGAAAGGUGAGGCUUUGAAGAGGGAAGGUGAUGAUUUGGUGGUCAUCGGAACCGAGAGGAUUGGACCCGACCCGGAAAUGGUCCCGAAGCAUAUCCGAAUCGUGGAUGUGAAGACCGGGCUGGACGUUUACGCCGGUUCGGCGUUCGCGAUGUCCCCGUUGCCGAGCGCGCUUCCUCUUCCUUCUUUUCAGAGGAAGCAGCCAUCGGCGGCGGUUGAUGACUCCGCGACGCGGGAUCUGAGGCGCUUGCUCCGGCUGGAAUGAGCUGAAAACGGGUUGAAUUUCCGGGUUCGGGUUCGGUUGGACCCGAUGAUUAUCCAUCAUCUCAUCUUCUUCUGCUUCUCCUUAAUCUAGAGUCUUCUCCUUAUCCGUUACGCCCUUCCCGGUUUCGUGUUCUGACCCGACCGUGAUUUUUUUAAACGGAAGGGCAGAUCUGAAAUUGGGGGAAGAACUUUGGGGCGAAAAUGUUAAUUAAAGAAGUUUGGAGUAGUGUACGAGCAAAUAUGUAAGAUUGUAAGUUCUUGUGGUUGUGGAGGUUGUUAAGGGGGUAUGUUUAGGUUGUAAUCUCAUGUUAGAAUGGAAAAAUGAACUAAAAAUAAAUAAAAAUAAAGAAGGAAGAUGAGAGGAAGAUGGGGUUUGAUUUGUAAAAUCCCGAAGUGAUAUGUGGGCUGUAACUUAAAAAAGUGAAAAAUGGAUUCUGCUCUGUUGUGAAUUAUUUGCCAGCGUCAUGCAGGUUUGUACCGUUUUGUUCUGUAAAGUAACAAAAUUAAAUAGGGAAAUUCGGGCGGA